AUGGCGCAAGAGGCAGGUCACCAUCUCAACUACCGAUCUACCGCUGAACUGACUCUCCCUUCCUUCGUGCCGAUAGAUUACUCUGCGCUACUUUGCUUCCGUACGGACCGCUCUCGAAGGUCUCCCGUCCCAGACUCAGCUCUCCCUCCCCACUUUACCGUUCAAGCUCUCGCACCUGCGCACCCAUCUCGUUGCCCUCCACCCGGACAACGAGCCUUUUCGACUCGCACUCGAAUCAAGUCAAUGGUCCGUAGAUGAGGAGAUGAUUCCGAGGGGGGAAGAGGACAAGUUCGAGUUGAACGGAGGAGAGGUCGUUUGUCCGAUCCCUCCCGUAUCGGGGGGAUAG